AUGAGCAAGAUAACUCAAGAAAAAAUUUCUCUCAGACUUUUGUUUCUUGCUCCACAAGAAAAUGAAUACUAUGUGUUGAAUGAUAUAUUCCGCUUUGUUAGUGUAGUAAAAUCUUCAACACUUGUUGAGGAAAAGGUUGAUGAAAAUGUUGUUUUUGCUCCUAUGGCUACUAAGAGCAAAAUCAAUGAUACUGUCAAGGAAGUUUCUGAUAAUUCAGAGAAUACGGUGACGACAGAUGAUCAAGUUGUCCAGAAGUCUUCACUAACUUCAAACGAGAAAGAAAAAUCUGUUGUGGAGAUGGCCUUAGUCGUUCAGAAUGAGGCUUCUAAACUUAGCUAUGCUUCAAUGAUGAAGCAAGGUAGGUCCUCGCCACCAACAAAUACAUUGUACAAAAAUGUAAGGGUUGUUGCUGAUGAUGGUCUCCUAUCAACACCUAAAAAACCUCGAGCCAGUAGCCCAGUUCAGGCGCUAACAUCUAGUUCGAGUGGUGUGUUGAAAGCUGCAACUGUGUCAACUAAUUUUGCACAAGGCAAUGUCUAUGAUGAUUUCCGAUAUAAAUCAAUAUAUAUUGGAGGAUUGCCAACCAACACAAUAAGAAGUGAUCUCUGUGUUAUUGUCAAAGAGUUUGUACCGAUUGACAUUCAGGACGUUCAGCUCAAAACUACUGAGGAUGGAUACUGCAUUGGAUUUGUGCAUUUUCAAGAUGAAAUUUCUGCUAAAAAAGUUGUCCAAUUCAUGGCGAGAGGGCAAACUCUCCAUCACACAGAGGUAGAUUUCACAACAGUUGUUCUGAGUCACGAAGCUGGCCUCAAAAUUCUGAUGGACACAAGAGAGAAGGUUACCAACAACAGAACUAUAGGAGGAGGGGCACUAACUAUAAUUAUUGUUAUAGCAGCCUUAUUGUAG